AUGAAAACAUAAACUAAAUGGAUCAUUCUCUUUCUAACAAGCUUGUCUUAAUUCUCAUUUCGAGUUUUUGUGGAUUAUCCAUCUCUAUUGGCUACUGAAAUCAAGAAUCAUUUUGUUGUGGAUUAAUUUUAAAUAAAUUUAUUGUUUUCAUUUAGAUCCUUUCCCAAUAUUGUUAUGCCUUUUGUUGGAGGAAUGUUAUUGGAUAAAUAUGGAACAAGAAGAGCUUUAUUUGGAUUUAUGCUUUUCAUUAUUUUUGGAACAUGUUAUGAAAAAAAUUUAUAUUAGUUCUUUGUUACUUGUCAAUUGUAUUGAAUAACUUCACACUAAUGCUCAUCGGCAGAUUUUUUAUGGGAUUAUUUUUAGAAUGUUGUUAUGUAGGGAUUUACAAAAUAUUAUCAAAAUGGUUUAAAGAGGCAUCAUUUGCUUAUAGGUAACAGUAACCUUUAUUUAAGUGUUGAUACAGCUUUUAUUUGUGGUGGUACUAUUGCAUCAACAAUUCUAUUACCAUAUUUAAUCAAUAAUUACAGUCUUGAUACAGCUAUUCUAUCAUGUCUAUUACUUUGUAUGGUAUCAUUUAUAAGUCUUAAUACUGUUACUGCAAUUGAUAAAAUUUAUUCAAUUGAAACUAAAAAAGAAACUAUUCCACACUUUUCAAUCACAUUACUAACUCAAUUUAAUGUUGAUUUUUAUAUUAUUGCUUUGAGUUCCAUCUUCUGUUAUACAAGUUAUUACAUAUACUCAUAUAAUAAUGCAGAAAUGUUUAAAGCUAUGUAUUAACUUAAUUUAUAUACUUAAAUAGGUAUCACUUAUCAUCCUAUUCUGCAGCUACACUCUAUGGACUUCCUUGUUAUAUGGCUAUUUUUAUAGCUCCAUAUUUAGGUCAUUUAGUUGAUAAACAUGGAUAUAGAAUGCAAGGAUUAUAAAUAACAAGUCUUAUUUAAUUGAGUGUUUUUUCAAUAGUAUAUCUCAUGCCUAGUUGUGAAACUACUUGCUUAAUCAUUCCAGCCAUUAGUUAAUUAUUAAAUGGAAUAUUUUUUGCAGCUUAUGUUGUAACCUUAUGGCCAUGUAUUUAAAUGGUUGUUUCUACUUCAUUAUCAGGAACUGCCUUUGGAGUAGUCUAUUCAAGUGUAAGCUUUGGUGUUUUUUUUGCAUCUAUUUUUAUUGGGAAAGUUGUUUAAGAGGAAACUUAAAAUUCUUAUUCUAAUAUGUUAGGUAUUCUACUCUUAAUAACUUUUUUGGGAGCUUCAAUGAAUUAUUUGUUAUACUGUAGAGAUUCAAAAUACUUUAACAAUCAAAAAUAUGUGAUAUCAUAAAAUAGUACAGAAUUUGAACUUAAAAUGCUUGAUUGA